AUGCCUCGCAAUAACAAGAAAGUCAAAAAUGCCCCUCCACCGCGUCCUCGUGGACCAGGCAAACCAGCUGGCCCAUCUUCCAACCCUCCCAAGGGCCAGCAGCAUGGCAAUGGGCAAAAGCAGGGUAGUAGCAAUGCCAAUGCACCUAAGAAAGCUUCUAUGCAAGCAAAUCAGAGGCCUAUUGUGCCGUUUUUGAGGAAGGAUCGAAUUCUGUUGAUUGGUGAAGGUGACUUCUCAUUCGCCCGUUCUCUGGCAAAGCAAUACAAGUGCCGCAACCUAUGCGCCACAUGCUACGAUUCCAAGGAAGCACUGUACAACAAGUACCCGCAAGCUCCUCAGAACGUCUCAGAUAUCCUGAAUGCAUCAGCAAAGCCCAAACCAACAAGUGACGACACCGAAAAGCAGCCAGAAGAGAGCAAAUCCGAAGAGCAAGACUCAACCAACCCCAACCCCAAUCAGCAAACCCCCAAAGUCAUCUUCUCCGUGGACGCACGCAAACUCGGCACUCCAGCCGGCGGCGGCAAGGAAAUCCGCACAGGGUUCGCACGCCGCGAGCGCAAGAGACCAGCCUGGUACCAGAAGGAUGAGCCAGCAGGACCACCGUACCAGCCGGGCGGGCCGUGGGAUGUAAUCUGUUUCAAUUUCCCGCAUGUUGGCGGGCUCUCUACGGACGUGAACCGACAGGUUCGUUCGAAUCAGGAGCUGCUGGUUGCGUUCUUUAAGGCUUGUGUGCCUCUUGUUUCGAAGCCGCCCCCGCUUAUGGAUGCUGAUGACGAUGAGUGGGUGUAUGCGGAUGGGGAGGAGAGUGAAGAAGAGGAGGACGAGGAUGAUGAUGAGGAAGUAGGAGAGGGCGAGGAGCUCGGGAAAGAUGAUGAUACUACCGGGAAGGGGUUCCGGGUUGGGCCUGGUCAGAUUCUUGUGACUCUGUUUGAAGGGGAGCCGUAUACGCUUUGGAAUAUUAGAGAUUUGGCAAGGCAUGCGGGAUUGGUUGUUGUGACUAGUUUCCGGUUUCCUUGGACUUCUUAUGAAGGCUAUUCGCAUGCGAGAACGGCGGGGCAUAUUGAAGGGAAGGAUGGGGAGCGCGGAGGAUGGAGGGGAGAGGAUCGGGAGGCUCGGAUGUAUGUCUUUGAAGUGAAGCAGAAGGAGCCGGCCAAGAAGGGAGGGAAGAAGAGGAGCAGAGAUGAUGAUUCUAGUGAUAGCGAGUAG